AUGAGCUAUCAAUCUGCAAAUAACGAAAUCUCAUUGGUCACAGGCUUUGUAGUGGGCGGUCUGUGUCAAGGAAGUCUGCGAUUUACCAGAGUUCAUAUUUUGGGCAACAGCAUGGCGACAAUUGGUAGACUGUCCACUAAGGAUGCAGUGCUUUUCCUUUGUGACAUGCAAGAGAAGUUCAGACCAAAUAUUUUCCAAUUUCCUAACAUAGUCAGUAAUGCAGCCAGGUUGCUCCAGGCCAGUCGUGUUUUGGGGAUCCCUCCUAUUCUCACAGAGCAGUACCCAAAAGGCCUGGGACCCACAGUUCCUGAACUCGGAGCAGAGGGAUUGACAGCUCAUGCAAAGACAUCCUUCACCAUGAUGAUUGCAGAGGUGGAGAAACAGCUGCAAGAACUGGGGAACCCCAAACAGGCCAUUCUCUGUGGAAUCGAGGCCCAUGCGUGUAUUGCGUGCACAACGUAUGACCUGCUUGAGAAGGGAAUCGAGGUUCACAUUGUUGCAGAUGCAGUCUCAUCCAGAAGUCAAACGGAUCGCCUGUUUGCACUCUCACGUCUGAAGCAGAGUGGAGCUUUCCUUACCACUACAGAGGCCGUGCUGCUGCAGCUCGUUCAGGACGCAAAACACCCAAAUUUCAAAGAGAUCCAGAAGCUCAUGGCCCAUCCAUCUCCAGACACAGGCCUCCUUUCUUUCUUCAGCCUAGAGCCUCGAGUAACAACUGAGAGUCUAUAG